GAAACACACACGGAGCUUCACAAGGGAGCGAACAAGGUAAACUGCGGGCGCCGGCGGGUAAUCCCGAGCAGGCUGCGGGACCCAGCCCAACCUGAGCUUCGAAGUCGCCCGGCAUGUUGCCUCGGCGCCCCGACCAGCCAGGGCCACUCUCCGCCAGGAGGCGGGACCUGGACACCGGGUGUCCAUAAGAAUGGAUGCAGUGUCUCUUUGCCAGAUUCCUUAUUGCUGUAUCUUCUGAGCCUGAGCGAUCUGGAGGAAGAACCAUAUUUAACAAUGACGACCCUGUCAGCAGUGUAGCAGCGAGAAGGAAAAGGACCACAAAGAAAUAAGUAGGAAGAUAUCUCCAUCAACAGCCCCUGCGGCAUUCCCUUUUCCCAAGAUGAACCGAUACACAACCAUGAGACAGUUGGGGGACGGCACGUACGGGAGUGUGCUCAUGGGCAAGAGCAAUGAAUCUGGGGAGCUGGUGGCAAUCAAGAGGAUGAAGAGAAAGUUCUAUUCUUGGGAUGAGUGUAUGAACUUGCGAGAAGUUAAGUCCCUGAAGAAACUCAAUCAUGCCAAUGUGAUUAAGCUAAAAGAAGUUAUAAGAGAAAAUGACCAUCUUUAUUUUAUAUUUGAAUAUAUGAAAGAAAACCUCUAUCAGCUAAUGAAAGACAGAAACAAGCUGUUCCCCGAGUCAGUCAUCAGAAAUAUUAUGUAUCAAAUCCUGCAGGGGCUGGCAUUCAUCCAUAAACACGGCUUUUUUCACAGGGACAUGAAACCUGAAAACUUGCUUUGUAUGGGUCCCGAGCUGGUGAAAAUUGCUGAUUUUGGACUUGCAAGAGAAUUAAGAUCACAGCCACCAUACACUGACUACGUGUCUACCAGAUGGUACCGUGCUCCUGAAGUUUUACUGAGAUCUUCCGUGUACAGCUCACCCAUUGAUGUGUGGGCUGUGGGAAGUAUAAUGGCCGAGCUAUACACAUUUAGACCGCUUUUCCCAGGGACGAGUGAGGUUGAUGAAAUCUUUAAAAUUUGCCAAGUGUUAGGGACUCCCAAGAAAAGUGACUGGCCAGAAGGACACCAGCUUGCAUCCUCCAUGAAUUUCCGCUUUCCCCAGUGCGUUCCUAUAAACCUGAAAACUCUCAUUCCCAAUGCCAGUAGCGAGGCUAUUCAGCUUAUGACAGAAAUGUUGAACUGGGACCCAAAGAAACGACCAACUGCGAGCCAGGCAUUGAAACACCCAUAUUUUCAAGUCGGUCAGGUAUUGGGCUCUUCUGUACACCACCUGGAUGCAAAACAGACUUUACACAAGCAGCUGCAGCCACUGGAGCCAAAGCCGCCAUCCUCUGAACGGGAUCAUAAACUUUUGCCAAACAUAAUUGAUCAUCCUGUUGGGCAACCCCAGCCAAAACAAGGCCACCAACCACUGCAGGCCAUCCAGCCACCACAGAACCCAGCCAUCCAGCCGCCUCCAAAGCAGCAGGGUCCCCAGAAGCCACCACAGACAAUGUUUCCAAGUAUCAUCAAAACCAUGCCAAUGAAGCCAGUCAGCACACUGGGCCUUAAAGGAGCCCGGAGACGAUGGGGUCAGACAGUCUUCAAGUCUGGGGACAGCUGUGAGGACCUUGAGGACAGCGACUUUGGAGCCUCCCAUUCCAAGAAGCCAAGCAUGGGUGCCUUCAAGGAAAAGAAGAAGAAGGAGUCUCCAUUUCGGUUUCCAGAGUCAGGACCCCCAGGCUCCAAGCACACGAAGGGGGAAAAUAGGAAUUUACAUGCAGCUGUUUCCUUAAAAUCUGACACAAACCUGUCAACUGCUUCAACAGCUAAGCAAUACUAUUUGAAACAAUCAAGAUACCUUCCAGGUGUGAAUCCCAAGAACGUGUCUUUGGUAGCCGGUGGCAAGGACCUAAACUCACACGCUUGGAAUAAUCAACUGUUUCCUAAGUCCUUGGGAUCCAUGGGGCCGGACCUUACUUUCAAGAGGAAUAAUGCAGAAGAAAGCAUAAUUAAGCCGAUUGAAAAGCUGUCAUGCUCCGAAAAGUCUCCUGAGCAGCUGGAGGACCCACAAGGAAACCUUGGGAGCUACACUUACGAGCAGAUGAAAUACGUGCCUUCCUUUCUCAAGAAAGAAGUGGGAUCAGCUGGCCAGAGGAUCCACUUGGCACCUCUUGGUGCGACGGCUUCGGAAUAUACUUGGAGCACAAAAGCUGGACGAGGUCAGAUUUCAGGACGAACAUACCAUCCCACAGCAAAAAAUCUCAAUAUUGUGAACCGCACACAGCCAGUCCCCUCGGUGCACGGGAGGACAGACUGGGUGGCUAAGUACGGAGGCCACCGGUAGGAGACGUGGAAGCCCUGAAGCAUUGCUCCACAGAGGACAACCAAGCCCCUUGAUCCUGGGAGAUGUCUACAGAGUCUAUUUCUACCGAAUUCCACAAGAAACACCGAGCCGUGGGUCCCUCACAGAGCAGACAUCAGCUCCCGUGUCCUUCCUUUCCUGGAAAUGCAGUGCGGCAUCUCCAGGCAGUGCCGCUGCAGCACCAUGAAGAGACUUUUGAGCGGGACUUUUCAGAGUAUUGAAUAAACUAUUUGCCAAAGUAUCAAGUAUUUGAUCUACAAAUUACUAGAUGAGUGCAUAGGCUUGUAGAGACUGACUCUGGGGAGUGCCCGAGGCUUCACUCCUGCCCGCUGCAUAUUAGUCUACACUAUUGAGGUUCUGGAACCCUGAAGGGACCGACCGGCCUCUGCUCACUUUUCACAGUGGUGAGGUAGGCCCCUGGGGCUGAGUUUCUGGGCUGGCUUGCCUGAAGCUCUGCUCUCCCACUUGGGCAACAUCAGAACAAUGGUAACUACCUUUCAGAUUUCUCCAUUUGAAACAGAUGAGUGGCCAGGCACAUCUUAGUGAGGUCUCUUUCUUAGAAAUAAACUUCUCUCCAGCCUCUAUCAGAGGAUGCCAGUCUGAUUUUAACACUGUUGUCGGAUCUUGAUCAAACUGUGAACUCACAAGGACCAUCAGACUCCGUAGCCUGGUGCAUUCC